UCCCCCACGUUUUCCAUGCCCGGCCGUGCCCGGCCCGGCGGGUCCUUGUCGUCCCACCUCGCCGUUUAUCACGAAGACCCGAUCCAUUUUAAAAGGGCGGACGCGCCCGGCAGGAGGAAAAGUGCACUGGAGUUGUUUGUCGGAGGCAGCAGGAGAGCGAAGGAAGGAGCGAGGAAGCUUGCUGCGGUGGAGAGGCGACUUGGUUUGCUGUGCAUGGAAGGGGCGGGGAGCGGCGGGAAGAUGGCAGGAGGAGAGGGCAUGGCCGGCCGUGCCGGUGCCGGUGCCGCGGCGGCGGCCAAGGAGAAGUCCGGCUUCGCCGCCACCUGCAGCCUCCUGAGCCGCUACAUGAAGGAGAAGAAGAGCGGCGCGCUGCAGGGCCUCGUCGGCCUCGACAUGUCGCCGCCGGCCGCCGUCGUCGGUGAAGAAGGAGCUUUCCAGCCGCCCACCACCAUGAACCUGCUGUCGGGGCUGGAGGAGCCAAACGCCGCGGACGUGGAGCUCCCCCUCGAGAAAUCUAGUGUUGGCCAGUUUCUCAAGGCCACAACUGACAACCAAGAUGCCGGACAGGAUGCGCACCAGCUCACCAUCUUCUACGGUGGAAAAGUGGUCGUGGUUGACAACUUCCCGUCCACCAAGGUCAAGGAUUUGUUCAAGAUGGCCAACGGCGCCGGCGACAAGGCCGGGAGCAGCAGCCUCGUUCAGCAGAGCCCUCCCCAGCCUGCACACAACACUCUCCCAGAUCUGCCCAUAGCGAGGAGGAACUCACUCCACAGGUUUCUCGAGAAAAGAAAGGGCAGGAUAGUGGCGAAGGCGCCCUACCAAAUUAACGGCUCAUCGGCGGCUCCGUCCAAGCAAGCUAAUGGUGACAACUCCUGGCUCGGGCUGGGCCAAGAAGUGACAAACUGACGGUACAAGAAAGAUAUGCAUGAUGAACACUUGACCAGGCUCCACAUCUAUAGGGCAAUUGAUCUACGGGGAGCGUGGAUGUUAUUUUACUACUAGUGCAGGUAGUUUACUCGUAGCUUUGAAGCGACAAUAAUCGGGUGUUGGUUAUUCAUUUAUAGUAAGAAUUAUUAGUAGAUAUAUGUAUUUAAGCAUAUGCCGUCUGUUCGGACCAUUGUUUGCUGCUGGAGCUGUGUAUGCUCACGGCAGUUUGGCAGCCUAGGUCUACUAGGACUAUUGUCAUGGUCAUUUUAUUGCAAGUUUGCAACGUAUUACAGAUGGUUUGCCUUCCUCAA